AUGGAAUUUUUAUUACUCGGAUUUGUUCUGGCGCUUUUAGGUGUUUUAGCUUAUUUCUUUAUAUUAAAGCAAAAGCCAAAAGUUGAAAGCAGGAAAGAUUCAGCCCAAGAGGCCGAAGAAGAAACCAAAGAGCCAAAAGCAUCGAAAUCAAAAAGUAAGAUGAAGCCCACUAAAAAAGCCACACCAAAAGUCAAAUGCAAUACAGAGCACAGGCUCUACAAAAACGCAUUCAAAGGUUUUCACGAGCCUAUCAAAGACUUCGACAUCAAGCCUGGCUAUAUCGGUGUUUGCUGCAGGGAUGGCCAAGUAAAGAUCUUCAAAAUCAAUAAUUUUGAAGACCAAAAUUUCAAAUUCAUCCAAGGCAAGCUCGAAAGAGAAGAGCCAAGUGCCGUCGCCAUAAGUGUCAAAGGUGACACCCUGGUCGCUGCUGGCUCUUUUGAUCACAAAAUCCACUAUUUCGUAUUAAAACAAGAAAAAGACAAAAAACUUCUUGUAGAAAUCAACACAUUUUCUCAGCAGCACACUUACGCAAUAUCAGAUUUAGCCUGCACUCCUAAUUGCAUUAUUUCUUCAGGUGACGAUAUGGACACUACAGUCAACGUCUGGUCUCAUUCUGGAGAUAUACUAGCCACAUAUGAUAUGAAGCAGCUUAAAAACAAGCGUAUGGCGAUAUCUGGGGACUUUAAAUUCUUUUCUAUUGCAACUUGGAUUGGAAGUGCUAAAGUGAUAGAAAUUGUGUCUGAUAAGAAAACAGGAGCAUUUAGCAAGCUUAGCCCUGCUAUGGAUUUAUCUGGGGGAUCACAAGGGCUGGCUUGUGUGGGCUUUAGAGAUUCGAAUGAAGCUUUAACUUGCUGUCUUGAUGGAAAAGUGAAGUAUUGGAAUAUCAAUGUGAGAUACCAGCUGAAAGAACAUCCUAUUAUUAUUUCACAGUCAAAUUUCCAUAAAGAGGUUCCUAAUUGCUGCACAAUUAGUGAAAAUUAUAUUGUUUUUGGAUAUGAAAACAAAAUAAUGAUUUAUAGCAAAGAUUUUAUGAUUGUUGAUGUCAUUGAAAAUGCGCAUGCGAAUGAAAUUAGGAAAAUGGUGGUUUAUGAGAAUUACUUGUUAACAGUAGCUUCAGAUGCAAGAGUUAAUGUGUGGGCUCUGCCUUAA